GAAUUGUAGUAAAUUAGAACAAAGUCCCAAGAUAAUUUGAAAUCAGUAAUUUGAAAUGAAAAAUUUAGAUAAUGGUUAUGAUAACAAUACUCAGUGGAUUUUGCUUUUUAUAGAAUGCUCAUUUAAUAUUUAAAUGGGAUUAUAAAAUAACCAUAAUAUACUGCUGCGUAUCCUCCUUCACAAUAAUGGUGCAUAGAUUACUUAAAAGUAGAAGGUAUAAAAUUAUUUAUUUCAAGUCUUUCCUAAUACUGUUGUUUUAAUAUUUUCGAAAGUUUACUACUUAUAUCUUAUUUACUCUCCCUGGUUUAUUACAUAGAGAUAGAGAAAGUGAAUAUAAAUUUCAUUUCUUACGCUCAAUUAGUCUUACAAUUUUUGAUUCUAGCUGUCACCGUUCUUGUUAAUAGAAGUACAACAGAUAAUGAUAGCUAAGAUUAAUCAUUUUAAAUAUAAGAGAUUGUAAAUAUAAUUUAGAAUUUAUAGUUAAUUGCUGCAUUUAAAAGUAUAAGUGCCUUAUAACUUGUAUUUAUAAGUCUAAGAAUAACUCAAUAAAUCACCUGGGGAUGGAUCUAGACUUUAAUUAUUAUAUGGUUUCUAUUAGGACUGUCUUUUGUGAUUGCCAUAUGUUUAUUUAUUGAUAUACUGUAAAAAUGCAGAAUUAAAUAAGAUGAAAUUGAAGAAGAUAAAAAAUAAAUUAUUAGUAAAAAAUAAAUACAUAGUAGUCUAAGGAGGAAUUUGGUUGAACAUGAUUGCAUUAGGAAUCACUUUAUUACCAUUUUCAACCCUGUUUGGAUGUGCCUUAAAUUAUGACUUUGAAAUUGUAUAAUUAAAUUAAUAUGCAUUUGGAUUCACUGUGCUGUAUUAUCUAUUAUAAUUAGCUUAUUAUUAUAAGUUUAAAUAAAAACUGAUGUAUAUAUUUAAAAAUAAUAAUAUAGCGAUUACUUUUUAUAUUAUGAUAUUGCUUAAAAUAAUUUGUAUAUAGAUUAAUAAUAAUUACAGUAAAUUAAUCAAAAUCAAUAAUAAGUAGAGAAUAGAAUACAACUCAAAAUGAAAAAAACUCAUAAGAUAAGUAUAUCAAAGGUACCUUAAUUUAUGGUGAAACUAUCAUAAACUUAUUAUAAAUGUGCUUAACAAAUAGAUUAACCAAAUUUGUCAUCAAUGAUGUAACAGAAUAAAUAAAUUGAAAAGAAUUAGUAUUAAGAAAAUGAUAAUGAUUAAUCUAAAAGAUUUGAUUUAUUAUUAUCUAGUCCAAGAUAAAGAUUGGAAAUCAGUUAAAGUAUAGGAUAAGAUUUGACAAGUAGAAAUUUUGAUAAGAAAUAAUUGGAUGAUCAAUGUUCUAUAAAAUAAACUAAAUAAGAGCAAUAAAAUAAGAAUUAAUAGAAAUUAUGUUUAGUGUGUUAUGAAAAAGAGAGUAACAUGAUAAAUAUGCCAUGUGGUCAUGGAGGAUUUUGCAAAGAAUGUUGUGAGUAAUUAUUAAGAAAAAGCGAACUUUGUUAUUUAUGUAGAAAACCAGUUACUCAUAGUUUACAGAUACAAGAAGUUUAAAAUAGAGAAAGUUUAGUAGAAGUUAUUGAAGUUUUGGAAUAAUAAAAUUGA